AGUUAAAUUUUAGAUUCACAGCAAGCACACAGCAAAAUAAAAACGCUGAAAUUUUUUUAUUUUCAGUUGGCAAUCCUGACAGUGAUGCUGUCAGAAACAUAACCUAGAAUUAUUGGUCAAAGUUGUGAAAAUUCAUCUUGUACAGAGAUUUUAUAUUUAUUCACUAAUUUAACAUAUUUUUCACCUGUAAAUUGUUUAUUUGGAAACACGAAGAGAAGUGAAUAUUGUGAGAGAAAGUGUUGGAUGUGAGUAGAGAUGUCAUUGAAACCGAAACGAGUGAAUUUCGACCAAACAUGGGAAGGUCUGAAGGAGACUGUCAAGGAAGUAGUAACAUUGAGCAAUGUUAAGCGUGAUAUUUGGAACAAUCGAUUUGGGGAUGUUUAUUCAAUAUGCGUGGCAUAUCCUGAGCCCCUGGCUGACAAAUUGUACUCUGAGACGAAAAAUCUGCUGGAGAGUCAUGUGGAGAAUAUGCUGGCGACAAAAGUGGCGCCUGCUAUUAACUCACAGGGCAGCGAUGUGAGUGAUACCCUUUUGUGGCGAUACUAUGAGGCAUGGUCAGAAUAUAGUCGGGGUAUUGGGUACCUCAAUUUCCUCUACAUGUACUUAAAUAUGCAGCACAUCAAGAAGAAGAAGUUAUCCGAGCCAGAAACUCUCUAUGCCAGUGUAUCGAGUGACAUUCAGGAGCAAAUGGAAAUUGGGGAACUUGGGUUGGAUAUAUGGCGUGUUAAAAUGAUUGAAUCUCUGGGGGAGGAAUUGGUGAAGCAAGUUCUCGAGGGCAUUAAGGCAGAUAGAAUGGGCACAGAAACUAAUUCACGCAAUGUCGAAGUAAUUCAUGGAGUUAUUCAAAGUUUUGUCCAAGUGCAGGAUUAUCGAAAAAAGGGCAAUCUCAAGUUGUACCAGGAGUUAUUUGAGAAGCCAAUGCUUGCCACCAGUGGUGAAUAUUAUCGCAGUGAGGCUGUAAAAAUCCUGCAAAAGUGUUCGGUGAGCAAGUACAUGGAGGAGGUGAUUAGGAAAUUGGAAGAUGAAAAGAGGAGAGCAGAGAAAUUUCUGCAUCAUAGCUCAAUUCCGAAAUUGAGGAAGGAGUGUCAGGAAAGAAUGGUUACGGAUCACAUUGAUUUCCUGUAUUCGGAGUGCAAGGAAAUGGUGGCGCAGGAGCGACGGGAAGAUCUCAAGAACAUGUACAUUUUGCUCAAACCCGUACCAGAUGGACUUAAGCAGCUUAUCCUUACAUUUCUGGAUCACAUUAAGAACGAAGGCAACGAGACCAUUUCGACGCUCAAAGGCGACAAUAUUCACAUCCAAUUUGUGGAAAAUAUGCUGCAGGUUCAUCAUAAGUACGAAGAACUGAUCAGUGACACAUUUAGUUUUGGCUAUGCCGUAGAUCCGCACUUUUUGAGUGCUUUGGACAAGGCGUGUGCCAGUGUCAUUAAUACUACUAUUCGAAUUGGGGAGAAACAAACGUGCCGAAGUGCCGAACUGGUAGCCAGGUACUGUGAUAGUCUGCUGAAAAAGUCAAAAUCGACGGAGAGUGAGAUUGAUACGAAACUCACAAAAAGCAUCACGAUAUUCAAGUACAUCGAAGACAAGGAUGUAUAUCAGAAAUUCUACAGCCGAAUGUUGGCCAAACGGCUGAUUCAUGAGCAAUCACUUAGCAUGGAUGCCGAAGAGGCUAUGAUUAAUCGACUGAAGCAGGCGUGUGGCUAUGAGUUUACCAAUAAGCUCCACCGAAUGUUCACGGAUAUCUCUGUGUCGGCGGACUUGAACAACAAGUUCAAUAUUUACCUCAAGGAUAAUAAAGUGGAAAUUGGGAUAUCGUGCCAGAUAAAAAUUCUGCAAGCUGGAGCAUGGCCCCUAGGACCAACUCAGGUGGUCAUUCCUUUUGCUGUCCCCCAAGAAUUUGAGAAGUCCAUUAGAAUGUUUGAAGCCUUUUAUCACACCAAUUUCAAUGGACGCAAACUCACCUGGUUGCACUAUUUGUGUCAGGGAGAGUUGAAGCUGGGUUACCUAAAAAAAUCCUACAUCGUCACCAUGCAGACUUACCAGAUGGCCAUUUUGUUGUUGUUUGAGUGUGUUGAUAUGAUGGUGUGUAAGGAAAUCCAGGAAACACUACAACUCAACACGGACACUUUCCAGAAACACAUGCAAAGUUUGAUUGAGUCAAAAUUGCUGCUGGCCAGUACUGAAGAACUCAAAGAUGACACAGAAAUCCGACUUAAUUUUGACUACAGCAAUAAGAGGACAAAAUUCAAGAUAACAGCAGCAUUGCAGAGGGAGACACCACAAGAAGUGGAGCAUACCAUGAAUGCUGUGGAUGAGGAUAGAAAACUCUACCUUCAAGCUGCCAUUGUGAGAAUCAUGAAGUCACGCAAGAUAUUGCGCCACAAUGCACUUGUCCAAGAGAUUUACACUCAGUCGCGAGUGAGCUUUGCUCCCAGCAUACUGAUGAUUAAGAAGUGUAUAGAGUCACUGAUUGAGAAGCAGUACAUCGAAAGAACGCCCAAUUCCACCGAUGAGUACAGCUAUGUGGCAUAAAGAGUGAUCUCUGUCCUUGUCCAGGACAUUACUCAAAGGAACCUUAAUGGGAGGACUUUCGUUGCAUGACCCAACAGAAGGACAACCCACGAGGACAGAAACACAGUUAAGCAAAUUCUUUUUAUACUUCCGCAAGAAAAAAAAAAUUAAUUGAAAAGAUAUACAUUUUAUUAGCAAAUGAAAGGGGAAAAAAUAUCUCAGAGGCAGAAGAAAAUUAAUCAUUGUUACUAAUCGAACGUAUCCCGACAAAGAAAAAUUAAUUGUGAAGUGAUAGACAAAAAAGAAAUUGAAAUAUUUAAGAAAUCUCUUAUAUAGUGACACUAUUGGCGGAUAAUUUUUCUCUCCUAUUUCCUGAAAGGAGAAACAUAUGAAGGAAAAGAAAAAGUGUGAGAAGGAUGAGAAUUUUCUUUGAAACAUCGUUAUUUGUGAGACAACUUUUUGUUUUUCUUAAUCUUUCGCUCUUGAUGCGCAUUAAAUUGAGAUACUGACUUUC